UAUCGAUUUUAUAACCUCACAAACUGUUAAGUUUAGAAUGCAGUUCCUCAAAAUUGAAAUAUGGAUUUAUCGGAUAUCUAAACUGUGCAGAAAAAAAUUAAUCAUAUAUCGUCAAUUAAUAUUUAUACGGAAAACUCCGACAAUUUGUAAAUAAUUCGCAUUGUCCGGCUAAAUGCAGUUACAUUUUUUAUGGUAACGGACACAGCUCUUCUUUUUCUCAGAAAGUCAAGAAUUUAAACAUUUUGAUGAAUCUGACCUUUUCCAUUCAGUACGCUCAUAUUUAGAUAACUAACCAGAACAUUAUAAUUAAGAUUCAAGUUCUUAACUCGUUUAACUUAAAGUUUCUUUGAUGCACAUUUAUUUAAACCAUUUAAGUGCAUUAUUUCUAUUACUUGAAAAAUUGCUUUGUGUGAAGAGGAAAUGAUAUAUAACCUGUGGGUGUACAAUACUGAUAUUCAGACACAAAGAUGUUUAUUAUUAUUAUUAUUUUAUUUUUCGAAACAAUACUUAAACUUGAAAAGGUUUUAACACCGUGAAAACAUAAAGCACUUCGCUUAAUAAAAAAUUGAACUAACUUUUAAAUCUAAUUAUCAAUAUACUCUUUCUUUUAGACUAUGCGAUCACAUUUUGUUAACAACUGUCCACAUGUUAGCCAUUGGCACUAUAUUCAGAUAAAAUUUUCGCCGUUAAUUUUUACAUUAAUUGAAAGUUCGAAGUCAGAUGAAUACUUGUAGAAAAUGAAUUUAAUGUCCAUUAAAUUGUACGAAUGAAUUUCACGAACAAAACAAGUUUUUUAUGUGACUCUAUCUUAAAAUGUGUUCGCUGUUCACAAGCUAUAUAUUUUUUUCAAAGCUUAUUUUGACACUAUAUUACAUAAAAAAAACUUGUGUCGUUUUAGCGUAAACAAACUGUAGUUCAAUUAUUAAUAGCAGGUAAAGGUGUCCCAGUAUUGAGUCUAAUCAAUAUCAGCGUUCAUGAAUAUUUGAAAGAGUGCUUACAAUGGAAUAUUUACUUGAUAUGAAUUUAAUACCAGUGACACAUUUGUGAUAUUUUAUAGAAAUAUGUUAAUGUAAUAUCAUUUUAACAAGUGCACGAUGUUGACAUUGUUUACUGUUAGUUUGAUUUAUAUGUUAAUAUGUACCAGUAUCUCGGAUGGUAAAAGGCCUAACAUUGUGUUCAUUGUAGCGGAUGAUUUAGGAUGGAACGAUGUCGGGUUCCACAAUCCAUCUAUGAUCACACCUAACAUUGAUAAACUCGCCUACCAGGGAGUGCUUCUGAACCACUCGUAUGUUCAACCAGUCUGCUCGCCAUCAAGACAUGCCUUUAUGACUGGGUACUAUCCAUUUAAAGCUGGCUUGCAGCAUAUGGUGAUAUGGGACGAGCAGGAUGUGUUGUUCACCAUUUUAAACAUGACGUUUCUUUCCAGUCAUCUCAAGAAGCUGGUUAUGCUACACAUGCUAUUGGAAA